GAACACGAUCGCUCGCUGCGCUGACGUGAAGCAGUUCGAAGGGUAUGUAGGACGCGACCUGGAGCUGGGCCACAAGUGCUAGCGUGCAUUAUUGAGGAGAACAGCGUUAUUGGGCCUUGAGGUUAUCCCGCGCGCACUCAGCAAGGCGGACUUAAGAAGACUUGGUGUUCGGCUGUGGCUUAAAGAAGGUUAGCGAGAAAGUCAGGUGCUGCAGGAAACCAAUCCCUUUUGUUUGGCACCAUAAGAAGAUGGAGAACAAGUUCCCAACACAAAGAUGGCAGAGGAAGGCAAUGGAACAGGGGGUGCAGAAGCUUGCUGUUCCAAAGGAUGGUAACACUUCAGCAGGUCGCGGCCUCAACCUCUCCAACCUGUCGCUCAACACGCCCGUGCUGUCGGCCGGCUCGGCCAAGUCGUCGCCCGGCCGCUGCCGCACGCCCGGCAAGAAGAGUCCCUGCCGGAGUGCCGGCACCCCCGGACACUCGGCCGUCGACGGCUCACUCUCGCUGCGGCCCGGCGGACGCACGCCCACCCGCGCGCCCAAAACACCCAACGGUGGCGACAGGUUCAUUCCGUGCCGCGGCACCACCGACAUGGAGAACAGCUACCACUGUUUGGUGCGCGGCGGCAGCAGCGCCGACACCACCGCCAGCGCUAGCCUCAGCACCAGCACCAGCGCCAGCGGCAUGGACGAGGCGGCGGCCGGCGGCGCCGGGGCCGAAGGGCAGCAGCUGCUGACUGAGACGCUCAACAACGGCGUUCCGCGUGACACGCGCAUCCUCUCCUUCCGCGCCAAGGCGCCGCAGCCGUCCGACAGCUACGCCAACGGUCUGCGCGUGCUGUACAGCGCCACGCGGGCCAAUGCGCCGCGGGCUCCCUCCACCCGUUACAUCCCGUCGAUGCCGGAGAAGGUGCUGGACGCGCCCGACCUGCUGGACGAUUACUACCUGCACCUGCUGGACUGGAGCGCCUCCAACCAGCUGGCUGUGGCGCUGGGCUCGGCCGUGUACGUGUGGAACGCCUCAGACUGCACCAUCGCCAGCCUCACCCAGAUGGACUCGCAGGAAGACUAUAUCUGCUCUCUGGCUUGGGUCAAGGAGGGCUCGCUGCUGGCCGUCGGCGACAGCACGGGCGCCGUGCAACUCUGGGACGUUGCCCGCCAAAAGCGGCUGAGAGUGAUGGCCGGCCACGAGGCGCGCGUCUCCACCCUCUCCUGGAAUCGUCAUCUCGUCUCCAGCGGCUCCCGCAGCGGCGCUAUCCACCACCACGACGUGCGCGUGCCCAGCCACCACGUAGGCACGCUGGCUGGCCACGUGCAGGAGGUUUGCGGUCUGCGCUGGUCGGACGAGGGCCGCCUGCUGGCCUCUGGUGGCAACGACAACCAGCUGCUGGUGUGGGACGCGGCGGCCGGCACCGGCGAGGCGGCCGAGCCGCUGCACACGCUCAACCACCAUCAGGCGGCUGUAAAGGCCGUCUCCUGGUGCCCGUGGAGCCCGCACCUGCUGGCGUCCGGCGGUGGCACUGCAGACCGCACCAUCCGCUUCUGGAACGCCUCCACCGGACAGCUGCUGAACACCACCACUACCAACUCACAGGUGUGCUCGCUAGUCUGGUCGGCCGAGUUCAAGGAGAUCAUGUCCGGACACGGCUUCAGCUACAACCAGCUGACCAUCUGGAAGUACCCGCAGAUGACCAAGGUGGUGGAUCUCACCGGCCACGAGUCUCGGGUGCUGGAGCUGACCGUGUCGCCGGACGGGUCGACGGUGGCGAGCGCUGCGGCCGACGAGACGAUUCGCCUGUGGAAGUGCUGGCAGACGGACAAGGCGAAGAAGACCAAGGCGUCGGCCACCAAGACCGGCACCAGCGCGCUCCUACGGGGCGGUAUCCGAUGAGGCGGCGACCGACCCGCUCCGGGCAGGCCGGAUGUCGGCCUGCACCCGGCAGCCGUGGCGCCGUCCCGUGCCGCCUGUCCCGAUGGCGGCACACAGUGCAGUUGUGGCAUCACGCAAGCAGCGAUCAUCAGACUGAGCUUGGCGGUGGGGUAGUGACUCCGCCGCCUGCACGGGGAAUGGCCCCGCCGCUCGAGUCAGGCAUGACUCCGAUGAGCUAGGAAUGGCUAGCGAAGCUAAGAAUAGCUCCGCAGCCAUGGAACGACGUGCUCUUGUAAUUCUGUUUUACUCUGUCUCAUCGUAUUAAAGCAUGGAGCGUGUCUGAUAUGCGCCGUCCGAUGUCAUAACCGCGCCUUCACGGCCUCGGGCCAUGGGCGGUCGCUGUGAUCACAGCGGCGCGUCCUCCCCGGGUGACGCUUAUAUUGCGCAUGCAAAUAAAUGGU